AGCGUUGUUUUUUUGUCUGGAUGAUUAGUAACACGACAUUUUACACAGUUCACUGUAGAACAAUGUGGCCUGGAAACUGGUGUACAGUCACUGAGGCUGUUGCUGGAUUACUGGUGAUGCUACUAUUUAUGUCUUAUGCCUCUGCCGAAGUAGCAACUUGCUGUGAUGGCAGACAGAAUGGAGCUCUGUGUGUUGGACCUCUGGGAGGAACUGUGUGUGUCAAACUGGUGGACAGCGUCUCAGAAUCGCAGAUUUAUCAAAUAAAACAUACAUCGUCAAUAAUCCUUACAAUAAAAAAGAAUGACGUUAUUUUGGGUCCUCUUCAGAACAAAUAUCUCUUUAUUCCAAGUAAAGGUACAUUUAGUAUCAGUAAUCUCAGUUUGACUGACAGUGGUGAAUAUGUUCUGGAUGUCUUUGAUUCUGAUGGAAAGAAGAAAGAAUAUCAAACAUUAAAUUUGUCUCUUGAAGCUCCUGUGACUUCUCUCCGGCUGAUCGCUGAAUGUUUGUCCGAAGGACAGGUGAAAGUGUCCUGUCUCUCCGAAGGAGGGAACAAUCCUCAAUACAGCUGGACUCUGAAUGGAAACAAACCGUCAGGACGUGAGCUCCUCUCUGGAAAUAUUGAGUCUAACACCAUCGUCCUGAGACCAAACGUUGCAGGACGCCUGGUUUGCUCAGUCAGGACUAAAGUCAGUUCUCUUCUCAAAGAGAAAAUCACAUCUACCUGUGACUUUGUGAACUGCACUUCAAAUGGUAUACACAUAUCUAAGUGGGUGUUUAAAGAAAAUAACACUCUGUGUGUUGAACCUUCACCAGAGACACAUAGUAUAAUGGCAGUGCUAUUGCCAAUAAUGAGUGGUGCAAUUGGAGCUCUGUUAAUUAUCCUAGUUGUCAGCAUAGGAAUUUUCUGUGUGAAGAGGAAAAAGCCAAACCACAAAGAAGAAAAUAAUUAUGACCAAAAACGGAGCAAUGCUGGUCAGGGGAGGAGGCGAGAGGAGCUGAGCAAAGAAACUCAAGCAGAGUAUGGCAAAGUUAAAAAGCAACCUCGGCUGUCUGUUGAUAUGACAUAUGGAAAUAUGGACAACAGUCUGUAUGGAAAUGUGGAUGAGAGUAUCUACGCAAAUCUCUAAAAAAAAACCUGUGAGAAAUUUGGGAAGUUUACAGCGACGGCUAAACAACAACAGAAACAAGGAGGAUGUGAAGCAAUCUCCAUCCAUAUUAGGUUUGCUGGCUGAUUCUCAGACUGGUUAGAAUGAAUAUCUGUGUGCUGUCUUAUGCAUUAAAAUGUUUUGUUCCUCAUCUCUCUUCCUGUUACUGGUUACUGAGAGACAAAUGUUUUUACAACUAUGAAUGCAACAAACAUGCAUAACAAAGGAACUUAGCUACUGUUCUGUUUCAUUUGCUUUCUUUAUUACAUGCAUUCCUCAGUUUUAAGAUCCCUUGUGCUUUUUUGCUCUGUGACUAAAUUUAUUUUCAGCUCUGACUUGUAGAGUUCAGGUAUGGAAGAUGCAUGUUAAAUUGACAUAUUUGACACUUUGAAUACUCCUGUUUUACAUGUAAUCAGUUACUGAUUGAACCGAAAUGUUUGAAACAAUAAACAUUAGAAUCUGUUAUGGACUCAAAAC